AUUAUUCAGCAUUCACCUCCAUUGCUUCCUGCUCCUAGCUCCCUCCGUCGCUUUCUUGCUGUCUCAUCUUCUUGUCUCAGCCGAUUCGAUUCCAUCGAUGUCGUCUGCCCUCUCGUUACCGGCGACGGUGCGGCCGGCAUCCACCGGGCCUGGGCGCCAGCUUUACGGGUCGCCGCAGCGCCACGGUCCGGUGCUCCGACCGAGGAGGCCGCAGGCCGUUCCGUGCCACGGUCUGCUGGCGCUGCAGCGGAGGACGAGGCGCUGCGGCGCUUCCGGGCAGGACCACUACGGGGGCGCGCUGGUGGACGAGGGCAUGGCGGUGCUCCGGCGGAGGAUCCGGGAGGCGCGGAUGGCGGAGACAAACUACGAGGCGCCGGCGGGAUGGGCGGACUGGGAGAAGCGCUACUACCCGGCCUACGUCUCCGACGUGUCCGCGCUCGCCGGAGCACUGCAGCUGCUGGCCAUGGGCACCAAGCCUGGCGUCGCUGCGGCCGUUGCUGCCAUGCUGCUCGCCGGAGUACCGAUCUCCGCUCUAGCAGUCCUGCACCUCCUCGGCCAGGCGGCGGGAUCCAUUCUGCACCAUGUGUCUUGAUUGAUUCAUCAUUCAUUCGUACGCAGUGUGUGCUCUAUGUGUCUCUAUAGUUUCUAUACUACUAUAUAGUGUGCGAAUUUUGAAUGUUUGAAUUCAGGCAUUGAAAUGCG